AUGCAGUCCUCCCCUGGCAUGUUGACCAAGUUUGAGUCGAAGUCUUCAAGGGCCAAAGGCAUUGCGUUUCACCCUAAAAGACCAUGGAUCCUCGUUGCACUUCAUUCCUCUACCAUCCAGCUCUGGGAUUACCGAAUGGGCACGCUUAUCGACCGAUUCGAAGAACAUGAUGGACCCGUUCGAGGAGUGGACUUCCACAAGACACAACCCCUCUUUGUGUCUGGUGGCGAUGACUAUAAGAUCAAAGUUUGGUCCUACCAGACACGACGUUGCCUGUUCACCUUGAACGGCCAUCUUGAUUACGUUCGCACUGUCUUUUUUCACCAUGAAUUGCCAUGGAUUCUAUCGUCUUCAGACGACCAGACUAUUCGUAUCUGGAACUGGCAGAACCGCUCUUUAAUCUGUACUAUGACUGGGCACAAUCACUAUACCAUGUGCGCUCAAUUUCAUCCGAAAGAAGACCUUGUUGUCUCCGCAUCCCUCGACCAGUCUGUUCGUGUUUGGGAUAUUUCUGGCCUUCGGAAGAAGCACUCUGCUCCUACGUCCAUGAGCUUCGAAGAUCAGAUGGCGCGUGCCAAUCAGAACCAGGCAGACAUGUUCGGCAAUACCGAUGCUGUCGUUAAAUUUGUACUCGAAGGUCACGACCGUGGAGUCAACUGGGUCGCAUUUCAUCCCACAAUGCCACUAAUCGUCUCUGCUGGUGACGACAGGUUGGUUAAGCUCUGGCGCAUGAGCGAAACCAAGGCAUGGGAGGUCGACACAUGCAGAGGCCAUUUCCACAACGCCUCUGGCUGUUUGUUCCACCCCCACCAGGACUUGAUUCUUUCAGCUGGUGAGGACAAAACAAUUCGAGUCUGGGAUUUGAACAAACGAACUGCCGUCCAAUCUUUCAAGCGGGAAAAUGACCGAUUUUGGGUCAUUGCAGCACACCCCGAAAUCAACCUUUUUGCUGCAGGCCAUGAUAAUGGCGUGAUGGUUUUCAAACUGGAGCGCGAACGGCCUGCUUCCGCGACUCACCAGAAUAUGCUCUUUUACAUCACCAAGGAGAAACAUAUCAAAUCCUACGACUUUCAGAAGAAUGUCGAAAGUCCAACUCUUCUAUCACUGAAGAAGCUUGGCAGUCCAUGGAUAACUCCUCGCACCUUGUCUUACAACCCUGCGGAGAGGUCUGUCCUUGUUACCUCUCCCGCGGAAGGUGGUUCUUAUGAACUAGUCAGCCUCCCCAAGGAUGGGUCAGGUGUUAUUGAGCCGACCGAGGCAAAACGAGGAUUGGGCAACUCUGCAAUUUUCGUUGCGAGAAAUCGCUUUGCAGUUCUGGAUGUUUCAAACCAGACCAUUGACAUAAAGGAUUUGUCAAAUAAUGCCACCCGUUCCUUCAAGCCCCCUGUCGGAACCAGUGAUAUCUAUUUUGGUGGGACUGGCCAUCUGCUCAUUAUAACACCAACAGCCGUACAUCUGUAUGACAUUCAGCAAAAGAAGAGCACGGCUGAGCUUUCCGUUAAUGGCGUGAAAUACGUCGUAUGGUCUAAUGACGGACUUUACGCUGCGCUUCUCAGCAAACACAACGUUACGAUUGUCACGAAAGCUCUUGAGCAAGUUAGUACACUACACGAAACUAUUCGGAUCAAAAGCGCAACAUGGGAUGAUGCUGGGGUGCUUUUAUACUCAACAUUGAACCAUGUGAAGUAUACGCUGCUCAAUGGGGAUAAUGGCAUUGUCCGGACUUUAGAUCAAACUGUAUACCUGGUUCGAGUCAAGGGUCGCAAUGUCUACUGCUUGGACCGAGCCGCGAAACCACGAAUCUUACAGAUUGACCCGACCGAGUACCGAUUUAAACUUGCGUUAAUCAAGCGGAAUUAUGAAGAAAUGCUGCACAUCAUCCGUACGUCCAGCUUAGUGGGACAGUCUAUUAUUUCAUAUCUACAAAAGAAAGGUUAUCCUGAAAUUGCAUUGCAAUUUGUGCAGGACCCAACGACUAGAUUUGAUUUAGCAAUUGAAUGCGGCAAUCUGGACGUGGCUGUUGAGAUGGCGAAGGAAUUAGAUAAACCGAAAUUCUGGGCACGAUUAAGUGCUGAGGCUCUUGCACAUGGAAAUCAUCAGAUUGUCGAAAUGUGCUACCAGAAGCUGAAGCAGUUUGACAAAUUGUCCUUUUUGUACCUGGCUACGGGUGAUCACUCCAAGUUGGCAAGGAUGGCAAAAAUCGCGGAACAUCGGGGAGAUUUCACUUCUCGAUUCCACAACGCUCUGUAUUUGGGUGAUGUUGAAGAUCGGAUUCAGAUGUUCAAGGAAAUUGACCUCUAUCCUCUUGCUUAUAUGACUGCGAAGUCAAACGGGCUGGAGGAUGAAUGUCAGGCCAUUUUGGAAGCUACUGGGGCUACGGAAGACCAACUGACCAUGCCAAAAUUGGGUGAACCCUUGAGUACCCCUAAGCCUCGUGUGCCAACCUUCAAGGCGAACUGGCCUACAAAAGCAAGCUCUCAGUCCUUCUUUGAAAAGGCAUUACUGGGUCAAGUUGAGGGUCUCUCUCUGGAGGAUGAACCAGCCACAGCUGAUCGACUUGUCCUUGAUGAAGAGGGUGAUGGCGCCCCAGCACUCAAAAGAAAUGGCGGCCUGGCUGAGGAAGAUGAUGAAGAUGUCGCAGGCUGGGAUAUGGGCGACGACGAUGUCCCUGAGGUCGACAGUGACUUUGUAAACGUGGACAGUACCGAAGCUGGCGGUGCAGGUAGUAGCGAGGCAGACAUGUGGGCACGAAACUCUCCACUUGCAGUCGAUCAUGCAGCAGGAGGAUCUUUUGAAUCUGCCAUGCAACUUUUAAAUAGGCAAGUCGGAGCAGUACACUUUGCACCAUUAAAGUCCAGAUUCUUGGAGGUGUAUCAAGCUUCCAGAAGCUUCCUUCCUGCAUCGUCUGGCCUGCCAGCCUUGGUCAACUAUGUGCGACGAACGGUCGACGAAACUGAUCCUCGCCAAGUUCUUCCCAUUAUUCCGCGAGAUCUAGAGCACCUCGCUACCAACGAUCUUCAGAGAGGUUAUGAUUCAAUGAAGGCAAAUAAGCUGGAAGAUGGCAUCAAGGUAUUCAAAGGCAUUUUGCAUGCCAUUCUAGUAAAUGCCGUAUCAAGCGAAGCUGAGGUGGCUGAGGCGAAGAAGCUUAUCACCUCUGCGAGUGAAUAUGCGGUGGCCAUGGACAUUGAGCUCGCCAGGCGGAGUCUAGGAGCGGCAGAUGUUGUGGCUCAGGAUCCAGCGAAGCUAAAGAGGAGCCUAGAGUUGUCCGCGUAUUUCACCAUUCCUAAGAUUGAGGUACCUCAUCGGCAGUUAGCACUCCUCAGCGCCAUGCAACUAGCUGUCAAAAGCAAGAACUACAAUUCCGCCCUGAGCUUUGCCAACCGAAUUAUUGCCAACGGAGGCUCUACAAAGAUUGUAGAAAAUGCCCGAAGAACCAAAGCCCAAUGCGAGAGAAACCCGAACGACGCCAUUGACAUUGAGUUUGAUCAAUUUGCUGAAUUCGAGGUUUGUGCUGCCAGUCUUACACCAAUUUACAGCGGCACGUCGUACGAAGAGUGCGCGUUCGAUGGCUCCAAAUAUCACUCGAAAUACAAGGGAACUGUCUGCCGGGUGUGUGAGAUUUGCGAGGUUGGUAAACAUGGCAGUGGGUUGAAACUAUUUGCAUAG